GUUCCCAAGCCGGGCUGUGCCAGCCUGGGGGUGCAGAGCUCCCUCGGGGUGCACUGCAGCAUCCAGCGCCUCAUCAGCCGCUUCACUGACCACUUCCCUCCAGACCUGCUGCUCCCGGGGAGCUCUGGGGAGCAGAAUCAGUCCCCUUCGGGAGAGGAGCCAGCCCAUCUUGCUACUCGUCCUGUCCUGCAGGUCCUCCUUUCUCCAGAGGUUCCCUACCAGACCCUGGCGGGCUUUGUGAAGGGAUCCCAGGGUUUGCACAGGACCAGCCCCGGGCACUACGAACGCCUGGCUUGCCUCCUCCUCCUGCAAGUGUGCACGGGGCUGGAGUACCUCCGGACGCAGAACGCAGGACAGGGGGACCUCCGCCCCGAGAACCUGCUGCUGGUGAGGUGCCCAUGUCCUCCCUGGAGCCAGCAAGGCAAGGAGGCAGCGCCGGGGCUGGCCCUUCCCAGGCUGCUCAUCAGCAGCUUCUUCAAGGUCAAAGCCAAGCGAAGACCUUGCUCGACCAGCCAGGAGCAGGACUGGACCGAGGGGCUCGCUGCACCGGCGGCAGAUGAGCUGAACGUAGGCGUGCUGAUCUAUCGCAUCCUGCACGUGGACAUCUCUCUGGAAAACGCCUUGGGGUUCAGAAGCAACAGGCUUCCUGAAAUCCCCUCCCAGUCCAUCUACUCCACGGGACUCAAGCGUCUGGCCACGCUGCUGCUCCACAGGGAUCCCUGCAAGAGAGUCUCCAUGGCGCAGGCGAGGAGCAUCCUGCAGGUCCUGCUCUGGGGACCUCGCCAGGAGCUCUUCGCCAGGAGCAAGAAGACCCUCACCCUGCUCCGGAGCUGGGUGGAGGUGAAAAGGGCUCUGCUGCUCCUGAAGUUUGCAGAGAAUUCAGCUGGGGCAGGGGCAAGCCCUGGCCUCGAGGAGUGGCUGUGCUGCCAGUAUUUCAAGGAUGUCACCGAACACACGCUCUACCAGGUCACCCAGGCUCUCUAUGCUCCCUGA